AUGAUAUCAACCAAUAAGAAACGUGAAGAAACAUCAAGUAAAACAUAUACAGUUGAACGUUUGCUUAAACAACGUCGUAUUGAAUAUUUAGAAAACAUUCUUGAUAAAUCUCUGAUUGAUAGUUAUAAAAAACAAAUAAGAUCUAUAUCUCCACGUACUUCGUCACCAAAAAAACCUAUACGAAAUCAAAAUAAUGAUUUAUCAUCUGUGAAAAAUGAUUCUAUUCAUGAUUGUGAUGAACAAAUAGAAAAAGACGAUGAUAAUAAUAAACAAGAAAAAACUUUAAAUUUAAUUUCAAUUGAUUAUUAG